GAACUUAAACCCACCAGCUAUCGAUAUUUCCCGCCUGGUUGCCAGACCGUCUAAAAUUAAUAAUAACAAAUAAUUGCGAAAAUCAAUGGACGACGGCGAGCUGAUCAAACUUAUAGAGAGCCAUCCGAUCCUCUACGACAAGGACAGCGCCAGGAGCGUGAAGAAUGCUGCCCAGAAGGAUGCGGCCUGGAAGGCUAUCUCCCAGAAGUUGGGCGCCUCCGAACGGGCUUGCAUUACGCGCUGGAAGAGCAUUCGCGAUCGUUUUGGCAAGGAGUUCCGUCGCUUCCAGGAGCGCCCCGACGAACCCACCUACUGGGACAUGUUUCCGCGUCUGCUCUUCCUCAAGGAUCACUACAAACAAGGUCUGGCGAGAAACGAAAGUCUGGACGGGAUGCGAUUUGAGCCAAGGGAGCGCAAGAAGCGGCCAAAAAUGGACAUGGAGCAGGAGAAGCGGCGCAAGGACGAGGAGCAGGAGGACUGCCAGGAUGACUUGCUGAACGAGCAGCUUAUCGAGCUGGUCAAGAUGCAUCCGGUGCUGUACGACCGGCACAAGAUCAGGGUCUCCAAGAACCUGGCUGCCAAAAACGAAGCCUGGCGCGAAAUCUCCGAGAAUCUCAAUGUGUCGGAGGAACUGUGUUACAAGCGUUGGAAGAAGCUGCGCGAUCGCUUUGCCCGGGAAUACCGCAGCCAGCAGAUCAACCAGGCCACGCCCAUCACCUGGCGUUACUUCAAUGAGCUCCUAUUUUUGGGCCGACACUUUCGUAAAGGAGUUCCGCUAGUUUUGGAGAACAUCAAGCGGCGCGGGCGACCACCCAAGUCAAGCAAUGCCUCGGUGAAUCCCAGUAAACAGCAGGAUGGUAUGGUCAUCUCCAGUGGCGAGCAGAUAUGGGGCGCCGACUAUCCCUAUAGCACGGACAACGACGAACUGGAGGACGAUCUGGAGCUGCCCUACGACGAGGAGAUCGAGAUCCUGUCCGAGGCGGAGCAGGCAACGCCCUACGAUUUUAUCCUCAGCGAAGCCACUCCAGCGCAGGACUUGGAGCCUUCGCAGCAGUUGCAGGUGACCACCACCACGCCGGCCAUGAACGAGGAGAUAACCCAAACCAUCGACAGAGCGAAUCCCGUUGUGGAGGAGCUACCCUCCCUCGUUGAGGACUCUGCCCUGCCUGCUACCAACUCCGACAAACUACUGACUACGGUGAUAGCCAACAUGGAGACAGUGUUGCAACAAUCGCGAGAGCUGCAGGCCCAAAUUCAGCACGAGCAGCAGGAGCAGGAGCGGGAACAGCGAAGUGCGACGCCGGCCAACAGCCUGCUGGCCAAGGCUCAGAUGCUGCUGGACGGCCUGAGUCCGCUGGAGCGAUCAAGUGCCGAGCGAAAGAUCGUGCAGUUCCUGUGCCAGUGCCAAAUUAAGGCGCUGGACGGGGAGGAAAUCGAGGAUGUGGCACCUUGUCAGGUGAUUAAUUAAUAGCAGUGGGUUCAGGGAUGAGUUCCCAUUAAGGAAGUUGUAAAUAAGUAAAUGUAGAUAAGAAGCAAAACACUACUUAAGUUCAUUAGUUUUAAAACUUAUAUUUGAGUUAAUCAAAAUUAUGUUGUUUAAUUGUAAUGAUUUUCUCUUCCCGAAGUAUUUUCUUAGCAAAACAACAGAAAAUAAGCUUAUAAGAUAUGCAGAAUUAAUAUGUAAUUCAGAAAAGAGAUUUUUUCCCCAACACAUAAGUGCUAUCUAUUAAUUGUCAACUUUAAUUUUAUUUAUUUAUUUAUUUAGUUGUUUUUAAGUUAUUCAAUCGAUGUAAAGUUACUUUAAAUUUGUUUUAAAAAAACAUCAGUGCUGAGAAACGCUGAUAUAUCUAACAAAAACUAUCGUUAUCAAACCGUUAUCCGCCAGAGGGCGUUUAAAUAUUUAAAAUAGAGUCGUCUAGACGCAGUCAACAACCAGAACCCAAAAAUCAGAGAGAAACAAGCAAAAAUAAAAAAAAAAGCUGCCCACGCUGGCACCAUUCAUUGCAA